AUGGUGGUGACUGCGCAAUGGGAGUUGUCCGUUGGCAACGGUUUCGCUUACGUGGUCUUUAGUGCCUUCGGUCUAUUCUACGCUGGUUAUGGUGCGAUUCUGACCCCAGCCUUUGGAGUCGUUGAAGCAUACGGAGACAACGUCGAGGAGCUGAAUAAUGCUCUGGGAUUCUUCAUGACCAUGUGGACCAUUUUCACACUGGUCUUCCUCGUAGCCUCUUUACCAACUAACCUAGUCUACAUCCUCAUCUUCUUCUUCGUCGAGCUGGGGUUCCUCCUAAUCUCGGCGUCUUACUUUGCCGUAGCCGAUGGUCAUCCGGCUGCCUCCGUCAAUCUGAAGAAGGGCGGUGGUGCUUUCUGCUUUCUAGCUGGAUUGACGGGGUGGUACCUGACAUUCGCCUUGUUGCUCAAUGACUCCAUUGUUGAGCUCCCACUUGGCGAUACCUCGAGAUACUUUGCUAAGAGAAAGACGCAAUGA